UCGCUGCCGGUGGUGAGGAGUUAGAGUUGGAGCAGACCACUAACAGCUUCAAGAUGGCCAGUGCAGAUAAGGAGAUCUCCUACAGUGAUCUCAAGUCCCUCACUGAGAAGGGUGAAGGGCUUGUGAUUGUGGAUGUGCGCACCAAAGCUGAAGUGGACAAAGGGCACAUCCCGGGGUCCAUCCAUAUUCCAGUGGAGAAUGUAGGUAGUGACUUGUCUCUGGAUCCAGAUGCGUUCAAAGAGAAAUUUGGCGUGCCCAAACCCCCAUUAGAUGCCCCAAAUCUGGUCUUCCACUGCCUGUCGGGUCGGCGUGGAGCGGCUGCCACAGAAAAGGCUAGAAGCCUCGGCUUCCAAAAUGCCCGUAACCUGGCUGGAGGUUACAUGGAAUGGUCAGAGAAGGAAAGAAAAUGACGCUGCUGCUCCAACACAUCAAGCACACUCCAGAUGUUUCAGUUAGAAUUAUUUUUGUAGCGCUGUAUGUGUUUAGCUGUCUGAGCUGUCUUUAAAUUGAAAUACCUCAGGGUUUAUGCUAAAUGGGUCCAUUACAAAAUGUGUACCUUUAUUACCUCAAUGCCAAGUUUUACAUUUAUACAAUGGGUUUAAAAUACAUUAAAAACAUUAAGAAUAUGUAAGAAAGUAUUUAUACCAUUUUACCAUUUUACUAUCUCAACAGUUUAUAGACUAUACCUUUUGUGAAGAUGUGAAACUUUGCUGUUAUGUAUAUAUCAAAAGAUCCAUCACUUGGGUCAGCUGCUAGCUUCCCAGAUAGCAAGAGGAUAGCUGGCCACUGUUGGCUAGCUGAUGGCAAAGCUGGCGGCCCUCUGGCUUUUUGCUCAGCAUUUUCCGAGCGGCCCACCCGUGGCUAACCCCUUAAAAUCCCAGGCUUAUUACAUACUGAGGCUUAUUAUUCAGUAACUACAGGGACUUCAAUGCAAACUGGCUGAGCUUUUCUUAGGUUAUAGAAGUGUAUAAUCAAACUUACAGGAGUUAAGCAGAUUGUUAGACAGAAUUCCUCUUUUGAUCACUCUUUUUGUACUUACAGUCCAAUUUACUUGUUCUUCCUUCAUUUCCUACUUUCGUCAUGCUUUGAAAAUUAGUUUACUAAAUAAUUUUAUUAGCAGUAUCAAAAAUCUGUAUACAGCUGUGACCAAUUAGCACAGUGUCAGCAACAAGAUUUUCAACAAAAUCAUUUUAUAUUAGGCCUAGUGAAUCAUUUUUCCCAGUAGUCCGUGAUAGUUUAUUUUCUCAAAUAAAAGACUAUUUGCAUUUAAAAGCUGUUUUUAGAUUAAAAACUAUUAUGCAUGACAAUAAUCUGGGUGGGCCAAAAACGGACUAGCAGUAGCCAUUAGUCAGUGUUGACCUUUUGAAGCUAGCAGAAUGAUAUAUAUUUGCUAUCUGGGAUGAGAUGAAUCUUGAAGCUCCCUAAAGGAUGGACAUUUACACUGACCUCUGUUGUUCUUUCAGGUAAGGUGCUGUUAUGUCGUGUUAAUAAUGUCGCUAAAUUUAAUGUUCUAAUUUUUCUGUUUAAAAUGAAUUUGACCGCAAAGGUUUUUGAUGUUUGGGCGCCAGUUCAGUUGCACAUACAGGUGUGAAUAUUAGUCAUGA